UCGCAACGCUUGAAAACGGAUUGCGCAAUUGAAUAUGAUAACAGAUUUAAAUAUAUAAGGACUCACUGUAGAAACUGCCAGAAGCACAAUAUGACAUAAUUUAGUCGAGAUAUAAACGAUUGAAAAUAAAUUUCAUCCGAAGUUACAAGGCAUCCGAAGUUAGCCGGUUUUACGGUAUUUAGCUGAUUUUUGCAUUUAUUAUAUGACAAUGGCCAGUGUUUGCAAAAUGGAGAGAAAUCUCAUGUUUGUGAACAAUGUGGAAAAGUUUUCACGAUUAGAUAAUUUACAUAGGCAUGAACGAAGUCAUACUGGAGAGAAACCUCAUGUUUGUGAACAUUGUGGAAAGAGUUUUCUGCAGUUAUUUAAUUUACAAAUGCAUGAACGAACCCAUACUAAAGAGAAACCUUAUGUUUGUAAACAAUAUGGAAAGGGUUUUUCACGAUUAUCCAGUUUGAAAAGGCAUGAACAAACUCAUACCGGAGAGAAACCUUAUGGUUGUAAACAAUGUGGAAAGAGUUUUUCACAAUUAUUUAGUUUACGGUUGCAUGAACGAACUCAUGCUAAAGAGAAACCUCAUGUUUGUGAACAAUGUGAAAAGAGUUUCUCGUGUAUAUCCAAUUUACGUUGCAUGAGCGAACUCAUACAGGUGACAGGCCUUGUAUUUGUAAACAAUGUGGAAGAAGUUUUUCACAAUCAUCUAAUUUACAUAGGCAUGAACGAAGUCAUACCGGAGAGAAACCUCAUGUUUGUGAACAAUGUGGAAAGAGUUUUUUGCAGUUAUUUAAUUUACAAAUGCAUGAACGAACCCAUACUAAAAAGAAACCUUACGUUUGUAAACAAUUUGGGAAGCGUUUUUCACAAUUAUCCAGUUUACAUGUGCAUGAGCGAACCCAUACUAAAGAGAAACCCUAUGUUUGUAAAUGAUGUGGAGAGGGUUUUUUACGACUAUCUGAUUUAAAAAGUCAUGAACGAGCUCAUACCGGAGAGAAACCUUAUGUUUGUAAACAAUGCGGGAAGGGUUUUUCACAAUUAUCCAAUUUACAUAGGCAUGAACGAACUCAUAGCGGAGAGAAACCCCAUGUUUGUAAACGAUGUGAAAAGGGUUUUUCACAAUUAUCUGAUUUAAAAAGGCAUGAACGAACUCAUACCUGAGAGAAACCUUAUGUUUGUAAACAAUGAAGGGUUUUUCACAAAUAUUCAGUUUACAAAUGCAUGGGCGAAUUCAUAUCGGAGAGAAACCUCAUGUUUGUAAACAAUGUGGAAAGAGUUUCUCGUGUAUAUCCCAUUUACGUAGGCAUGAGCGAAGUCAUACCGGAGAGAAACCUCAUGUUUGUGAACAUUGUGGAAGCAGUUUUUUGCAGUUAUUUAAUUUACAAAUGCAUGAACGGACACAUACUAAAGAGAAACCUCAUGUUUGUAAACAAUGUGGAAAGGAUUUUUCACAAUUAUCCCAUUUACGUAGGCAUGAGCGAAGUCAUACAAGCCUUUUAUUUGUAAUAAAUGUGGAAAGUGUUUUUCACAAUUAUCUACUUUACAUGUGCAUGAACAAACUCAUAAUGAGAAGAAACGUUAUUUUUGUAAACGGUUUUUCACAAUCAUUUACCGGUAGUUUAAAAAUGCAGGAACAAACUCAUACCAGAGAGAAACAGGUUCGUAAACGAUGUGGAAAGAGUUUUUCAAUUGUUCAAUGAACUAAAUCAUAUCGGAAUGUAAUAUAUUUACAACACGACACGGACGUUCGCACAAAUGUUAGUCUUUUCCAAAAAGUGUUUUGCAUUUAUCCAGUUCUCGUGCACAUAAGCGAAGUCAUAGUGAAGAGAAACAGUAUUCUUGUGAAUGAUGCAAUAAAGUUUUUCAAAGUCUCAUUAUUCACAGGUGCAUAAAAAAAGCGGACUAUCAUCCGCUCUGCAUGUAUGAACUGGAGAAAACCUCAUGUUUGUAACUAAUGUGGAAAGUUUUUUGCAAUUAUCUCGUUUAUAUAGACAUGAACAAACUCAUUGCGCAUACUUGAAAUCAAUGCAUGUAGGUUUUUUAGCAUUUCGCAGAUGUUUUCGUGUAAUUGUGCAGUUUUUAUGUACACGAGCAAAGUCAUACGGAAGAGAAAUCUUAGAUUUAUAAACAAUAUGUAAAGCAUUUCAUCACAAUUAUACAAUUAAAGAUAAUUAUCUAUUCUUGUUAUGAGUAUCAUACAUGUGAGCAAUACGGAAAAGGCAGUACGUUGUAAACAGCAUUUCAUAUGUGAGAGACUUUAUAUUUGUAAAUGAUGUGAACAUAGAUCUGGUUAUUCUAUUCAUGCAAUUAGAAUUAUAUUAUUACCUGUCUUAUUUUCAUUAUCAUUUCAUCAUGUGUAUAUUAAUGCCAAGCCUGCACUGCUCCACUGAUCGAUUUGAAUGACACAUGACCAUAGAAACUAGUAUACCUCAAUCAAUUUACACACUUCAGUGCUUGUCAAUCGGGGAAUUCCCAUAAGUUAUCCGGUGGGUUCGAUUAGUGAUGCUGUCAUGUACCUCUUAUGGUCGUCUCAAAUAACAUUCGGUUAAAGUGUUUCCCCUGAAUUUCCAAGCCCUAGCAUUUACCCCUUUUUUAUUCCCAUUUUUUCCUCAAUUUUUGGAGUCGCAUAAUUACUCGUUUUUUGUGCUUCAUGUAGUAAUGAUAGUUUUUAUCAUUGAGUCAACAUUUCCCAACCAGGGAAGAAUUUUGCUCAUUUUGGGAAGGAAUUAUGAUUCGCUGUAGUAUGAUUAAUAUUAUUAUGAAACUUCGGCGCACCAUAGUAUGUGCACCAAGAUGUCACACAACCUGAACCUUAACCCGGUACACAUACUAUGUUCAAGUUGUGCGUCUUCUUGGUGCACAUACUUCUGGAGCUAAACUUCUAUCCAAGAACGAGUGAUGAAA